AUGGGCGCGCACCAGGCCCAGCUCGCGCGCUGGCUGCAGCUCCUCGCUGCCAAGGGCGUCCAGGAGCUUGUGCUCGUCAACCGCCCGUGGCCGUUUGAUGUGCCCCUCCCGGACACGCUCUUCGGCAUCAGCACGCUCGUUCGCCUCUACAUCGGCCUCUGGAAGCUCCCAGACACAGCCGGCCUCCGCGGCGCCUGCUUCCCCAACCUCCGGGAGCUCGGCAUCUGCACCGUCGUGAUGGAGCAGGGGGACGUCGAAUCCAUCGUCGCCAGCAGUCCUGUACUGGAGAUCCUGAACGUCCAGGGAAGCCACAGGGGGCUCCGCCUACGCCUCGUCAGCCAGAGCCUACGCUGCGUGCAAGUCUGCAGCUCAGUUGUGGAGAGCAUCAUGGUGGUGAAGGCUCCAUGCCUCGAGCGGCUCGUCCUAGAGGGAUGUCGGCACACGGCUGCUGGCCUAUCUACUAGGGUCAGCAUUGUUGAUGCCCCAAAGUUGCAUUCGCUUGGAUCAUUGGAGCCUGGAAAUCAUGUGUUGGAGAUCAGAGGCACUAUCAUAACGGCUGGGGUUAAGGUGAGCAGAAGCAGCAUUCUCACAAGCAUCAGGACCCUCAGCUUACAUGUGCGUUUCGCGGUCCCCAAUGAGGCAAAUAUGGUUUCAACAUAUCUCCAAUUCUGUCCAAAUGUCGUGCGACUGCAUAUCACGUCCAGAAAAUGUAAUCAGCACACUGGUAAUCUCAGGCUCAAUUGCAAGGUGGGUCCCACUGAUAGUGCCAUGUCGCGCAUCAAAGUAAUGUAUUUCCGUGAAUUCCGAGGGGAACAAAGCGAGAUUGCCUUCCUCAAGCUCUUCUAUAAGAGCGCGAAGAUGCUGGAGGCUGCUGUGGUAAUUAUGGCGAACCCAAGCUUCACACCGUUUCGGGCAGAUGUGGCGUUUUCCAGAGCGUGGCAAGCGUCUAAGGUCAGUAGGUGCCAAGCCAGCAUGGUUCUUGAGGGCACAGGUCCUGAAGGUGGCAAGGCGUGGAGUUUCAAAAAUGCAAGUUAUUUUCCAUCCGAGGAAAUUCUCCCAACGAAAGUCAUCAACCUAGGGCAGUAG